AUGGCCAUCGCAUAUGAUGGAUCUUUGAGUGUAGAGGAACAGGCAUCUAUCAACGUCGAUGCACUGGUUAACGACAGCGAUAAUGAGCCAAUACGACCCGCUCCAAGCACUCCACUAAGCGGCCAAUUCUUCGAGCACCCUCGCCGAUCGACUCCUACUAUACCGCCUGGCUUCACAGUACCAGCAAUUCCUAAAGCAGUCCUUGAAGAGUCACGUUCGCGUGCUGGAUCUCGACCAAUGUCCCGUACUACAUCUUCGACCAUCAUACCGGCCGUGCCUGUUGUACCUGCCACGCCGCUUCCCAACUCAGCUCCUAACAAGAAUACCAAGGGCAAGCAGAAGAGUGAGAUCAUCCAACCUGCGACUCCUGCAGCAGCACCUAGUGCGACCACAGUCUCCAAGCCUUCGCCUGUACCUACGACGCCCUCGAGGACGACGCCCAAGGAAGCAGUUGUCGUUCCCCAGACACCCAAGGAACCCACACCCAGAGAGGCCUCGAAAGCAGCGAAAGAAGAAGUUAUGCAGACACCCAAGUCGACCCCAGAUGCUAAGAAGUCAAUGGCGGAGACGAUAAGCAAGGACACGCCAAAGUCGAAGGGUGCUUCUAAGAAGACUCAAGCUGCAGUUCAGACCACCCCAAAGAGAGAGCCACAGAAAGAGACAUCGCGCACUCCUGCGGCGACUGCGACACCUCCAGCUUCGACCAAGCGACAGCCUCCUGGCAAGCUCGAUAUUCAAGCAGCAACUAAACUGCCAGUUGAAGCUGGCUCUCCAGCUCCAACCUCAUCUAAAACAGACUCUCAGGCAAAAAGCAGUCGUUCUGUGCCAACGACAUCAGCUGGUUCUGUACCUCCAAGUCCCGCCGCAGCGGUGACUGGAUCGCCAAUCAAGCGCGCGGGUGCUCCGAGGACUUUGCGUGUCGUCGCAACACCAAAGACGGAAGUGCCACCGCCUGUUUCGGCGGCAUCACAACCGUCCUUGCCUCAGAUCCCAACGGUCGACAAGCUUCGAUCUAGGCAAGCGAGUAUCGCUUCCGUCAAUAUACCAGGCACACCAAGCGAAAUGAUAUCGGAUACUGCUUCAGUCACUUCUACAUCAUUUUCCAGGGCCAGCUCACCACCUCCGAUCGGCGGUAAGGUCGGGACUGCGCCUGUUAGGAAGAAGACAAAGUCACAGGCCAAGAAGGAUAGGCAAGAGCGGAAGAAGCAGAUAGAAGAAGAAAUACUGGAAGACAACAAGUCGGAUGUUGAGGUAAUGCAAGCUCCAAUCGUUGGGCGCAAGAAGAAAGCCAAAAAGCCGACAACAAACGCCAAACCUAUUGCCGCUGCCUUCAAGAGUCAGCCAGCCUCGCCUAAGCCGGCUACUGUCGAAGAGGAACAACCUGAAGUGCCGACAGUGGCCUCACGGAGAGUGUCGUCAGCGAAGAUCUCGGCAACAGCAACGCCUGAACCAGAGCCGGAGCCCGAACAGCCCAAGGAAAAGCGGGAGCAUUCAGCUCAGUCGAUUAUGGCUGACUUGCAGCGCACGGGCGAGCUCCUUGCAUCGACCCUUGAGUUCUUCAAACCGCUGUCUUCGUCACUUGCUCAUGCUACCCGCUCUACUCAGAACGGUAAUGUGUCUACACCUCCGGAUCUGAAGCUGCACUUUUCCCAAGCCGACCUUGAGGCGCUUGCGAAGAAGAAGCCAGUACGUCUGAACAGCCAGGACGCAAAGCUAGACUCCAGGACUCUGAUUACACCCAACGGCAAGUUCUUCUGGGGGUUGACUGAAGAGCUUGAGAACAAGGCACUUGAGCUUGAGAAGCAUAUCGAGGAGCUCAAAGGCCAUGCCCGCUUCCACCCUCGUAAGCAAAAUGCACACGGUCACAGUAUGACUACUUCAGCGCAUUCAAAUGACGUCCUCCCAGCUAUCGCUACUGCACUCAAGGAGGCAGGUAAGAAGCUGAACACCAACGGAGGACAGCAAAUGCCGCGACUUGACAACUCUUCUGGACUUCUCGGUUCGACGAACCUUCCCCUGCCACCCGUACAAGGACAGGACGCGUCCAUGCCCCAGGUCCCUCCUCCACAACAACAGCAAACACCCGCAGAUGCCGGCGCUUACCUAAAUCAAUACGUUCUCCCGAAGACGGACAACCCACCGCCAAACCAGCCACGUCCCGAGAUGGCGGCUGUUGGUGGCGCACCUGGCGCCGGAACAGCGAACAUCUCUGUCAACUCGAACCGACUAGCCAAAGCGGCCAAAGCAGUGGUUGAGGGAGGAGCGGUAGGAAGCACAGAGAUAGACGGCAUGGGAUUGAUGGCGGCUGACAGGCUUGGCGGCGUGUUUGUGCAGGGUCUCGAAGCGCUCGUGGGUGCUGGACUUGGCUACCAGUCUUCACAAGAGUUCGGCCUUGACGGCAACGGCAACAUCACCUUUGGAAAUGGCGGUGGAAGCGGAAUGGACAUGCAGGGGUUAAUGAACGCGAUUGAGACGACAGCUGGAAUGGGUGGAUAUGGCAACACAAGAAGAGGAAGAGGUAGUGUGCUGACCAUAGAAGAGGCGGAGCAGGCCAUGCAUGCGGCGAGGAGAGAGCAUGACGUGUUGGAGAAGAAGCUCAACGCGUUGAUCAAGAAGAACAAGAAGCUUGCGACUGGCGUAGGAAAGUAG